AUGGGUGCCAAUGCCUUCACCAACAUUGCCUCUGGUAGCAGUGCUUCUGCCCUUACCAUUCUGGCCAUUGUCCUUGCCCUGCUGUACUGGUACUUGAGAAGCAGAGACUCUGGUGGGAGUGACGACUUGCUGCUGCAGACACAGAAGAAGCAGCUGGCGAAGUGCACCAAGGCUGAAGUGGCCGCCCACAACUCUCAGAAGGACUGCUGGAUUGUGGUGAAGGGGAAGGUGUAUGAUGUGAGCAGCUAUGUGGAGGAGCAUCCCGGUGGAUUGGCUAUUUUGAAGAAUGCAGGUGGUGAUGCCACAGAGGGAUUCCAUGGCCCCCAGCAUCCGCCGCGAGUGUUUGACAUCAUUGAUGACUUCUUGAUCGGGGAAUUGAUGGACUAG